CGCCUUCUCACGUAACGGUACCUUGCCAAAAUUCAUGAGCAAAAAAUGAGCACGAACCCUUCACAUAUCCUCAUCGCACGCAACUCCAAUAACUAUUACUCUGUCUCUCGUGGGCCAAAUAAUCCUUCUGCAUCUCUCAGUUCACCGACAGAAACACAUGUGCAUGCUGCGGCUUCUGCUUCUGGAGCAGGCAUCUCACCUUACUUGUUGUCAGAAAGCGAACCGGAAGAAGGCGCAGAAGAAACAGAUGGCGGAGAAGAAGACAUCGAGAUCCACGAAACAUUUACGAAAAAUGCCAAGUUUCCUGGAACGGUGAAAAUUAUAGUAGAAAACACAACCUUCUGGACGCAUAAAGAGGUUCUUGUCUUCGCUAGCCCUUUCUUCGAAGCAGCCUUGAGUGGAAACUGGUCAGAGACGGAAACAGAGGGGAAGGAGGGAACAGAUGAAGAACAUUCCCAGAGACUCUCUGGACGUCCACCAUCGAUAAUAACGAUAUCUCACUCCAUUGGCCCGGACUCUGAGACGGAAAUGCGGGUGACGUUCGAUCCAGUCAAGGAGAACGACAUCGACAUCGAUCGGUCCAGAAGCGAUACCCUUACAAAACUACAGGAUAGCUCUCCUCCUCCUAGUGCUGUCAUUGUUCUUCAGGAAGAGCGGCCGAGUACAUUUCACGACUUUCUUCAAUAUAUAUACCCCCAUCUCUCCUGCAUAAUCACAUGGAAUAAUGUUGAACCGUUGAUCCAUAUCUCUCAUAAACUCCUCCAACCUUCGCUUCAAAGGGACUGCCUUACUUUUUUGCUCACUCAUGCUGCUGGAAAGCCUAUCAAAGCUAUGCGAAUUGCAGAGCUAUUUGAAGAGGAAGAGUUGUAUAAGGAGAGCUCUAGGUUUGUACUGGAUAAUCCCGGUGGCUGGUCCGAAGAUGAAAUGUGCUCCCUUACCCAAGAAACCCUACUCAAACUCGAAAAGCGCCGAAACUGGUUUCUUGAACGUGUUCUCAAAAUCGGCCUAACAUCUGUUGCGAAGGAGUACCAAUGCUGUUCCUCCUGCCCCGAUCCACCACUAUGCGCCCGUCAGCUGGAGGAAAAGUGGCGCCAGGCAUACCAUGCUGUAUUUCGUUUCGGUCCCCCACAGCCGUCGAUGGUGUAUCGAUACCUGCGCCAACUCGAAGGCGUGAGUCCGCCGCUUUCAUUGACCCAUCUGGCGUGUCAGACGACAGCCAAAGCGUUCAUUGCUACACUUUUCGACCGAAUGUUCUCUCUAGGGGUUCCUCGCACUUCCUCAUCUCUCAACCCUACCAACGUUGAAGUCGCACAACACGCACCACUUAGCCUUGGAACCCGUGUUGCAGCGGCCGCUAUUGCUGCAGGUGGGAGUACUGCGCCGCGAAGGCAUUUUCUCUUCUGCACCCUGCGACCGGAGGGAACCAGACAAAGGGGUGCCAAAGGCAAACGGAGAGAAAGAGAAAGAAGUUCACGAGUCGGCGAUACAUGAGUUUUAUGCGAAAAUUUCGGAUUCAACAUGUAUAUUCCUUCAUUACAUAAGUCGUAGCUGCAUAGUCCAG